CACACUCUUAUAUUUUGCAUUCCAUAGCACAAAUAAGCACAUAGCAUGAGACUCCUUCUUGUGUGGCUUGUGUAGGCAGCACAACGCAGCGCCCCCCUUUUCUCUCUGAACUCAAUUCAAAACCACCACCCUCUCCCAUUUCAUCAACAACCCUAGCUCUAGGGUUUCUCAUUUUCAAACGACACCGUUUAAACCCUUCAUCGUUAACCUUCCAAAGCCGCUACUAUUUCUUCACCGUUCAUUCAUCAAUGGCUACUACUCCUGCAUCAGUCAAGUCACAACCUCUUCACAACUUCUCUCUCCCCUUUCUCAAAUGGGGCGGCACCGGAAAAAACAACACUAACGCCACCAACCACCACCGUUCCCGUCGUCCACCCGAUCAUGCUUCCGAGCCUGAUUCCGAACCUGACUCCCGUCCUCACCGACUCGGAUCCCGAACCGCGAGAAACCGAUUCGGAUUUGCUUCUUCCUCCUCUCAGAGACAAGCUCCCCCGACGCCGUCGUCGAACAACGAAACCGAUGACAACGCCGGUGACAGAAAACGCGACGCUGAAGACGAUGCUGAAGCUGGUGGUGGAGCGGAGGAGAUAGUGCAGAAGCCGUGGAAUUUGAGGCCGAGGAAGCCGAUGAUACCGAGAGGCGGGUUUGAGAUCGGAGCAGGAGGUUCUAGAAACAACAACGGUGGAGAAUUGCAGGAAGGUGUUAACGGUGAGAAUCCAGCUCCGAAAUCGCUGAGGCUCAGGGGUUUUGCUGAUACAAACUGUGGUGAGAAGAAGGAAAAGAGGAAAUUCUGGAUCGCUCUUUCGAAGGAUGAGAUCGAAGAGGAUAUUUUUGUCAUGACUGGUUCUAGGCCCAAUCGUAGGCCCAGAAAGAGGGCCAAGAAUGUUCAGAAACAAAUGGAUAAUGUUUUUCCUGGAUUAUGGUUAGUGGGUAUAACUGCUGAUGCUUAUAGGGUAGCUGAUACACCAACAAAGAGGUAGAGAAGCUGUGAAGUGAAUUGCAGCUUGUAAAUGGGGUAAUGGGAUUGAGGUAUAAGCGUGAAGAAUAUUGUAAAGAGAAAGUAUGAAGGAAAUGUUGGAGAUAUUGGAUUGGAUGGAGAGGAUUGAAGAUGCUAAUUCCCUUGUUUUUGUUGGUUUAAACAAGGGUUUAGUUUAGUUGGUAUUUUUACUUGUUCAUCUUAGUGGUAGUGGUAGUGGUAGUGGUAGUAGUUUAUUCCUGGAAGGAAAGAAAUAUAUAUCUAUAUCAGUAUAUAUAGUUUAAUUAACAGAGUAAGAGUUUAUUAUUACAAUGAUAAUGAUAAUUUCAGAGCUUUUGUUUGGAAUUUUGGGGGCAUUCUUUGAAAAAAAUCUGAUGCCUUCACUUGGUUUUGGUGUUUGACAGGCUUGUAGUUAAGCUAGCAAAGCCUCUUUAUACUACAUGCUUCCUGGCUCUGGAUGAGGACUUUGUCCCAAGAACAGCCCUUAUGAGGUUGAAUUAGUUUUCAUACAAUGACUGCAUCAUGCUUUCUGACUUUCUUUUGUUUUCAUGUUGUUAUUUUCAUUGAUUUGAUCCUUUUAACUUUUGCAUUGAUAAUCUCUAUUAUUGUCAUCAUUAAGCUUGGUAUGGAGAGAAAUAAAAUCUUUGGCAUCA